AUGAAGUUCAGCACCAUCCUCACCGCUGCCCUGGCGUUCACCGUCACCACCGUCGCUGCCACGCCCACCCCGGGUCCGUUCAGCAACUUUGACCCCUUCAGCAUCUUUGGUAAAGACCUCGGCCGAGGCAACAAGUACGGUGCACCCAGGAAGCCCUGGGAGGGCGGUAAGCCCGGUUGGUACUUUGGCAAGCACCCUGGCAAGGUCCCUCGUCUUCCUUGCUUGACUGGCCCCAUUUGCAAGAUUUUGAAGUUGUUCCCGUGGUUCCUCCAAUGUCCUACCCCUCCUCCUCCCAACCCCGGGCCAUCGGACGGCUACACCCAGACUUUCAACAACCACACAGGCGCUACUCAAGGCAACGGAUAUCUCACCUUCGGUUUGGUCGACACCAUCGCUGACUGCAAGGCCAUGUGUAACUCCGUCGAAGGCUGCGUGUUCGCCAACACUUACCGGGAUGUGAACGGCAAGGACGGAAGUCCCCUCUUGACCUGCUCGCUUUACUCUGAAUGUCACGGAAUUGAAACUGCCACCAACACCGGUGGACAGAGUCAACCGGACGGUAGCAUCAACUAUAUCAUCAACAGUGAUGGUUGGUGCAAGGCCUGA